GUUUAAUAUAUGAAUGUAAUCUUCAGUCGUUGGUCAAGUCCUCCUUUGGCUUUCACAUGGUUUUUAAUAUUGGCCUGUCAGAAAUAGGGCAUCAGCAAACUUGGAAGGAUAUUUACAGUAACAUAACACUAAAAAUGAUAACUGAUACUUAUUGGUAAUUGAGGCAGGCAUUUUGCUAAGCAUGUAACAGGCUCAUGUAGUUGUAUUUAAUUCUCAUUUAAUCUCACUCAGUUCUCAAAAACUCUGUGAAGUAUAGGUAGUAUUAUUUUUCCCCUUUCAUGCAUGAAGAAAUGUGGGCUUACCUAGGUUUAAUAGCUUUCCUAGGGAGACCCAGUUGAGAUUGAAGCCAGGUCUGCGUGUCUGUUGCCAAAGCUGUAGUCUAAGGCAAUAUUUAAUCUGAAAGAAUUUCUGGAGAAAUGGAAGAAUACGCAAGUCAAAUUCUAGAACCAUUAUUGUGUUCCUGAGAAUAGCCUUACCAAACAACACUGAUCCUGCGCAGUCUUUUCCAUCAGGAGGUGAUGAAAGGCACAGGAUUUCUGGAAAAGACACCCUGAAUAUACCACAAAGCUGUCACUGGAGCUGUGGAAUGCCAAGAAGUAUAGCAGCAGUUACUGAGUGCCUACUAUGUACUGGGUGCUGGGAACAUACUGGUGAACAAAACAGGCUGGUGGGGUAGCAGGUGUCUGUGUUGACUUGAUAUUAUUUCCUCUGGAUACCAUUAAAACCAGGCUGCAGAGCCCCCAAGGAUUUAAUAAGGCUGGUGGUUUUCGUGGAAUAUAUGCUGGCGUUCCUUCUGCUGCUAUUGGAUCCUUUCCUAAUGCUGCUGCCUUUUUCAUCACCUAUGAAUAUGUGAAAUGGUUUUUGCACACUGAUUCAUCUUCGUAUUUGAUGCCUGUGAAGCAUAUGUUGGCUGCCUCUGCUGGAGAAGUGGUUGCUUGCCUGAUUCGAGUUCCUUCUGAAGUAGUUAAGCAGAGGGCACAGGUAUCUGCUUCUUCAGGAACAUUUCACAUUUUCUCUAACAUCUUAUGUCAAGAGGGCAUCCAAGGAUUAUAUCGAGGCUACAAAAGCACUGUUUUAAGAGAGAUUCCUUUCUCAUUGGUCCAGUUUCCCCUGUGGGAGUCCUUAAAAGCCCUCUGGUCCUGGAGGCAGGAUCAUGUGGUGGAUUCUUGGCAGUCAGCAGUCUGUGGAGCAUUUGCAGGUGGAUUUGCAGCUGCAGUCACCACGCCUCUGGACGUGGCAAAAACCAGAAUCAUGUUGGCAAAGGCCGGCUCCAGCCCUGCAAGUGGGAACGUCCUCUCUGCCCUGCAUGGUGUCUGGCGGACAGGGGGGCUGUCGGGAUUAUUUGCAGGUGUCUUCCCUCGAAUGGCAGCCAUCAGUCUGGGAGGUUUCAUCUUUCUUGGUGCUUAUGACCAGACGCGCAGCUUUCUGUUGGAACUUGGCAGAGAGAGUCCAUGAAUCACAGACAGCCCCUGCCUUCAAGAAAGGGUCCUGCUGUGAGAACUGUUUCCCCUCCGGUGAGCAGCUGUUUGGCCAUCUAAACAACAAAACGCGGCGCUCAAGUCCAGUUCUGCUCAGAUUACGACAUGGAGAACGCAUCUUCCGUGCUGCAGGCUGGCCGGGAUGACGUCAUCGGCCUGGUUCCCAGAGUUCAGAGAGAAAAUGAUGUCCACAGCGGUACUUUGAACAGUUUUCUCAGAACCCCUUAAUAAACAAGUGUGGCAACGCUGAG